CAAACCCUACAACAUUUUGGAGAGAAAUUUUUUAGUGUAGAUCCACCACUUUUUUUCUCAACAUUUUUCUUUCCACCCUUUUUUUCUCUCCUAUCAGACCACCAAUUUUUUUAUCUUCUCUCCAAAUGAUUCCCUCCUUCCACUUUUCAUCUUUAACAAACAAAGGCUUAGUCUUAGCAAAGCCACCUUGUUCUCUCCGUCGUCGACGGUGAAUGAGUUUUUGUCCCUCUAGAUUGAUAAGUACAGAGUGCCUCAUCCGAUAAAAACUGCGGCAAAUGGAGCAAAGUGUAGGAGAAAGAGAAGCACCGGAGGGAGAUCAUCGUCCGACGAACUCCCAAACCCUAACCCUAGUCUCACCAACAGGCCUUGAAUUACACUCCACAAGUCCCGAACGCAUUACUACUGAUUCUGCUGAGGGUGAUGAUGGUCAGUGCGAAUCGGAACCACUGGUUAACCGAGCUGAGAUUUUGAGAGCUCUCGAAAUCGUCGAGAAGGAUUCGCUAGCGAUCUCGGAGAGCUUCGCAUCUCUAUUCGCCUCACUUCGCGUGGCUCUCUCCGGGGUUACUAGUAACUCGGUUGACCACAUGCAGUGUUUCAGCGAUGCUGCUGGUCGUCUUCAAGAAUCCGUGCUUGAUGCUGCAACAAAGGGAAAUCGAUACAUAAAUUCAUGCCUCAGAUUAAACGAGGAAAUGAAGGGUAUUGACAAUCUAGCCACACAGUUAAAAAUCUUGAGGAGAAAUGUCGAUGUGCUAGAUUCAGCUGUAAACAAGCUCCUCCGCAUUCCUUGACUAUGUAAGUUUUUGAUUUCUCGAGUAUCUCCAUGGUUGUUUCAUGUCAAAAUUAUCCAAACACAUUUUGGCGACUCCUUCAAACACAUUUUGCUUCUUGAAAUUAGUUUUAAAACCAGUCAUUUCGAGCUUUUCAGCCAAUGCAAACCAAGUGCGGCAGUAUGACAUUUUUGGUUGGUUUGGCAAGAACAUUUGUAAAUCGUUGCUAUAUUACACCUUAGUUUUACAAUAUAGGAAAUUCUAAUAUUGUUUGCUUUUGAUAAUGGGAAAACACUAUUGGCCUAUGGCUCAAACAGGCUCGGCACCCUCUGAAUUUUUUGAAAUUAUGAACCCAACACAGCUAAUCUUUUCAUAUUCUGAACCCAACAACUCCUUGAGUAGACAUAAUAGUUAUCUUCCAAUAGGAUGGGAUUGAUUGUCUAUAAGGGUACAUGCUUGAUAAUAAGCCAGAAGAGGAGAAGAGUGAGUUUGGUUCUGGUGAUGAUGAGGAUUUUGAGAGAAGGAUCGAGGAAGAAGAUUGUGGUGGUGGUAGUAGUUUGAAGAAAGAUCAGAACUGUUCUUGGUGGGAAAUGGAGUCUGAUGGUGAUUCCAUGACAUCACACUCUUGUAAAUGAAUGUUCAAUAUACAAUUUACGGAUGCUCAAACAACAUGUUUUUUUUUUUAUAAGCGUGAAAAAAAAUAUGAUUUCACCCUAGUUUUCGGUAUUAUAAACUAUUCAGAAUUUUUUUAAAAUUUGUAUAAGACUUUAAAUAGUUACAAUAUACACACACCAAAAUUUGUUCACUAGUCGGGAUUUACAGGUAUGACUUAAAGUGAAGAUAAUAUAUGAGAAUUGUCUAUAUAUAUAUAUAUAUAUAUUUGUCUC